GCCCCUCCGCGCUUCGCGCACCCGCUGCCAUGAGCGAGAUCCUGGUGGGCGAGGCGGUGCUUGCUGCAGGGGGGUUCCAGUCUGGGCACGGGGAUUUGAAGAAGGCCAGUGCAGCCGGCAAUGGCCUGAAUGUGCCCGUGGUGCUGCUGAAGUUGUCCGCGGCGGCCGCGCUCGUGCUCUGCGAGGCCACUGGGAGCGGGGAGAUCGCGCUGGCUCUGCCGCCGAAGGUGGCCGCGCGGCAGAUCUUGGCGAAGAUGGCUUACGCCCCAGCCCCGCUGCCCACCCCUGUCUCCCUCUCGCUAGGCGCGCCGCGAGCCACAACGGCUUCGCUGCAGCGCGACGUCUCGGAGCUCAGGGGCGGUCUCGUCUCCACACCGGGGCCGCUGGGCGAGCUGAUGCGCCGCGCUGACGCAGCCUCCGCCUGCGGCCGACCGCCGCUUUGCCCUGGCCGCCGCCACGAACGCGCCCCAGCCGUCGCCGCGGCGCCCGCGGGUCCUGCGGACGCCGCCCGAGUCUGCGGGAGGCCUGCGCGGAUCGGCCGGGCUGCAGGAGCGCCGCCGAUACCGCGCCUCGGGCAGGCCGUGGGCGGCCCGCAGGUACCCGCGGCCGCCGCCCUUCCCCCUUUGCUCGAGCACGUCGAGCCAGCAGGCACGGAGCGAGACUCGAUCUGGCGGUGCGCUCGGGCCAACUACGCGACUUUUCACCGAGCGCCGUCCGAUUCGAUCUCCAACGGCGAGGUUUAUUCAGGUAAUCGUACGGACUGGCUUCAGUGGAAGUUUGUUUUCACGGCCUAUACCGGCGCGUUGGGCGGCGAUUUGUUGGGGAGCCUGGAGCAGGCAGAGCGCCAGGUCAAUCCUACUCCAGUGCAGGAGCUCAAGGAACUUUGCCGUGGCAGCAGCAGGAUGUCGGCUUUCAUGCUAUCGCAGACGCCAGCACAGUCUCAAUCCAGUGAGAUUGGAGUUGUCUCUGGGAUAGCCGGCGGCGAGUGGAUCUUCAUGACAAGUCAAGCGGCUAUCGUGGCCGUUGGAGGCUUCGACGAGAACCCAUUGUUUGACCGUGGGGCGCGUGCGCACGUGGCGCCCAAGGAGCAUGCCAAGCAUGUGGAGAUGACCGACAUGAUCAAGGAGCCAGAGUCGCCCUUAGCUGCUGUUAAGAAGAUUAGAGUGUAUGGGCAGCGACUGGUCCCGCUCAGGGUCGCGACCGAGUGCGGGGAGGUGCUGAAGGUUGCGGUUCCGUUUGCGAUCGCGGAUGUUCGGGGGCCGUUGAUUUCGGUUGGCGAGCUCGCGGACAGAGGUUCGCAUGGCAGCAACGGUUUAGCAGAGGCAUCAGUCAAGGUUACCGAGGGCCUGGCGAGGACAGUGGCACGCGCUGUUCAACAGAAGUAUCGCGUUGUAGCCGAGGGCGAUUCUGCCAUUCUAAGCUGGUUCGUGAGACGGGUUGCUUUCGUUCAGGCCAGGUGCCAGUGCGAGCGCCAGGGCAGGGCGGCCUACGCGGAUUUUGCGACGGCGAAGUACAAGUCACCGCUUCUCACGUCUGGCGAGCAAGUCUUAGCGGAGAUGUCGCAGACUUGGGGGAGGUUCGAGGGGCGCCAGGCUGGGCACCUACAGAGGGGCGUCAGUCACGCCAAGACGACCGAGCACCAGUUCGACGGGUUGGACGACCAAAAGCACAUGCUAGGGCGCGUUUGCAGCGACCGGCAGAGUUCAAGCGACAACAGCUCGGAGGACCCGCAGUUGCGCUUUCCGUUCCAGGAGGAGCAUCGGCAGCAAGGGCUGCAGCAGCUCCGAGGGCAAGGCCAGCGCGGGCUUCAAGCCAAAAGACGGAAGCAGCUGACCGAGAACCUGGCGGCGGAGAAAAGCGCCCUGGUGGCUGGAGGCGUCAUGCCGGCCAGGACAGAGGACGUGGAGAUGUCUAUUCAGGUGGUGGCGGAGCUGAGGCCGAACGAGGAGGGGAACGAUGAGCAGAUGAUCGAGCGCGCGAUCGUGAAUCGCGAGUUCAUCCAAUAUCAUCAUAGCGAGGGCGCUCUACGAGUUCUGCUAGCAUUGGCGGCUAUCAUGAAGUGGAAGGUGAAGUUCUCUGAUGCAUCGAGGGCUUUUCCACGUGUACUGAUUCGGGGGGAGGUCUUCCUCGAGCCGCCAGCCGGGUGCAGACGGCAUUGCAUCGAGGACUUUGGCGAGGGCCCAGGCGACGUAGUUUGGAGGCUGACUUGCGCGAUCUACAGACUCAACGGGGCGAUUGUGGAUUUCGAUGCGCACUGCAGCCAGAUCAACGCCGAGACGCUCAAUAUGAGGAGGUUGGUUUCAGAGCCGAGCGUCUAUGCCAGCGAGGCUGCGAUGACAGCUGCGGCGGGGCACGUGGAUGACGACGUGGUUGUCGGAGAAGGCAUUGGGCGCGAGGAGCUUCUAGAUGCGUUGGGUGAGCAUUUUCUGUUGAAGGUCUCUCCAGGCAUGGCGAGAGGCAGAGCUCAGGUACGCAGGGGGCGUUUCGUCUGGAAGCUCACGGACGAGAUGGGGUUUUCUAUUCGAGUGGCACCCGGGGCGAUCGACCGUUUGCUCGAGCACAUGGAAGCUCAACAUGCGAAGGCUGUGGCGACUCCAUGUCUCAAGUCCGAGGCGAAGCAGGAGGGCGAGGGGCCACUCGGCGAGGACGAGGCCAACACUAUCGUCGAAGCGAAGGUUGACAGCGACUGGGCUGGGGACAACAUUGGGCGGAAAGAGCACUUCAAGCGGGCACGGGCGCGCGAAGGUUUGUCUGCGGGGUCGUUCGUGGAGCAGCUCUUUCCAGGCGCGCAGAUCAGUUUGCAGUUGGAGUCGGACAGUCUGGCAGCUAUUUCGUCCCAGAGCAGGCGUGGGAGCUGGCAGCGAGGCAUCGUGAACAGGAAAUGGGUGGAGUUCGGCCCUUGCCUCACCACGAAUAAGCUGCGUCCGGCCAAGCUUGAUAAGAAGGCGAGGGUUAUGGCGGACGGCAGGCGGGAGCAGUAUGUUGCCGCAGUGUCAGACUCCAGGCGCCCUAUCGUCAAUG